AUGGGAGGACUCGACGAAGCUUUUAUCCAAGCCCCUGAACACAGACCCAAAACUGAUCUCAAAAACUCCGGUGACUACAUUUACUCCAACGAGAUCCCGACCAUCGACCUCUCUUCUCUCCAAGACCCAGACUGCGACAAGACCGCGCUCGCGACAGAGAUUGCUGAAGCAUGCAUGAGGUGGGGGUUUUUCCAGGUGGUAAACCAUGGCUUGUCGUUGGACUUAAAGCGUCAGGUGGAGAAGACGAUGGCGGAUUUUUUCAGUCUAACGUCGGAGGAGAAAAGAAGAGUGAAAAGAGACGAAGUGAACCCUAUGGGUUAUCACGACGGAGAACAUACCAAAAAC